AUGUCUCUUGAAGCAAAGGGAUUUGAUUUGCUUCGAUUGGAUGGCUUGAUGCUGAAUAUCGAUACGUGGAAAGGAAGUCCGAUGUCACUUGGAGGACACUUCAAAGAAGUCAAAAUGUAUUCAAAACUCAUGGAAUCUGGAGAAUCGAUGACCUCGGUCUCAGCGACCAGGAAUAAAUACACACCAGCUACAGGGCCUCAUUACCAUUUCAAUUGGGAAGUGACCAAUGGAAUAUCCAAGGAAAGACAAAGAUCGAAUUGCUAUCAGAUUAUUCUUCCUAUCACAAAAUUAGAAUACACACCAUCGAUUGGAAUUCUUCUGAAUAAAGCAUGGGCUAUGGAAGUCAGAUUGACUGCCCUUGUAUUGCUUGAAAUCCAUUACCUGUUUCGGAACGAUAACAGGAAUCAGAGAUCAAUCAGCAAUCAUUUGUACUGGAAGAUCCAAACAAACGGGAGUGGCUUACCACUUAAAUCGCUGAAGAUGACUGGUAUCAUGGGGGAUAGAAAUCACACCAAGAAUAGCAAGAAGCGAGGCCAAGAUAAAUUUGAGGGAACAAGCAACAUUGGCUGUUUCCGAAAGUCUGCAACCCUUUUCAAAGGCUUGUCGCUAUGGAAUCCAAGGAGGAGGCUUCCGACUUGUGUCAUUGCCUACCGCUACUUAGUAUUGGGCACCCAGAAUCUCGAUCGGCUGAUCAAGCAAAUACAUGUUUACUGA